AUGUCAUGCAGUGCUACGCUGCUCAACAACACCACCGAACCCUUUGCAAAGUCACCCUAUCGGAUUGCCUUGGUCAUCAUCUACACUGUGGUGCUUGUUGGGGGCAGUGUGGGUCUAGGUCUUAUGUUUGGAGUGCUGAAAUCAAACAUGCAUUCAUGGACCACCAUCGCCUUUGUGAACCUGAUUAUAGCUCACUUUAUCUUCCUGGUCUCUGUUCCAUUUCGCAUCCACUAUUACUUUAAAAACUGCUGGAAUCUAUCUGAACUUGUUUGUAAAUUGGUCAGUGCCAUGAUUCACCUUCACAUGCAUGUGGUAUUUAUCAUCUAUGUCAUCAUCUUUAUCAUUGCUUUUCUGCAUUACUAUAAGAAAGCAGAGCAAAUAGAGUUCCACCGUAAUCUUCAUGCUGUGGCAGUCAGCAUUGUGAUCUGGCUUGUCCUGCUAAUUGUUGCUCCCAUCAUCCUAUCUAAUUAUGGCAAUAAUACCAUCACGCCAAAUGUCUGCUUCAAGUUUGGAAAUGAAACAGGAAAUGUAGAUGUUUAUUGGUCUAACAUUGUUCUGUCGAGUAUUACAGUCCUAGUGUCCUUUAUUGUGAGCUGUGUACUUGCAAUCAUUCAGUACUCAAUGAUCAAGAAGCACGGACCAGCUUUAUUUGGACAGCAGGAGUUCUGGGCCCAGAUGAAGAAUGUCAGCCUUGCCCUUAUCAUCUUCAUUUGCUUAGUGCCGUAUCACCUGUUCCGGAUGUACUACCUAAAAAACCCUUCUAAAUUAGAGCAGGAUAAUGAGGUGUUUUUGGCCAUUACAACCUUCACCUGCUUUGACAUGUUGCUUGUUUUCGCAGGGAGGGGAAUAUGUCAGAGGUGUGGGUUUUAACAGCUGGAUAUGCUGCUCUUUGCAGUCAACUGCCUAAUUAUUUCAGAGAGGGGAGAGCAAUUGUUAGUUUACUGGAUGGCAUGGUUUUUAAAGUUUUCUCGAUCAAAGUGAGCAUCAAAAACUGUGCUUUGAUUAUGAAGGGCC